AUGAGUUCGCAGCCGGCGGGGGAAGAGCUGCCGUACAUCGGCAGCAAAAUUUCCUUAAUUUCAAGUUCAGACAUUCGCUACGAAGGCAUUCUGGACUCGAUUGACCCCGUCGCCUCGACAGUUUCGCUGCGCUAUGUGCAGUCCUUCGGGACAGAGUCUCGCCCGGUGGCUCUCCAUAUUCCUCCCUCUGCAGAAAUCUUCAACUGCAUCGUGUUUCGCGGCAAACACAUUAAGGACCUGACAGUAUGCAGCGAGCCCGAGCCGCCGGCCCCCCCAGUGGCGGCUUACCCCCACGACCCAGCCAUUCUCAGCAUGGAGAUGGCGGGGCCCCUGGGGGCCCCCCAGCGGCCUGGGGGGAGCUCGCUGCUGCGGCCAGGCCUGGGUUCGCCCCCUAGCCACGUGGGGAGGGCCCCCAGCGGGGGGCCCCCCCCCGUGUACGGGGGCCUCGGGGGGGCCCCCAACGAAAUGGCUGAGGCCUGCUGCCCCCCUGCUGCUGCGCUGCAGGGCCGGGGGGUUUGUGGG